AUGGCCGAAUACCGCUUUACACAUCGCGUGGACAUGUACCUUAUUUUCACCCUCGUUUUCCUUCUAGCCGUCUAUCACGCCUGCGUCCACGUGGCCAGCCCAAAGGAUCAUCCAUCGCUGUCGGAAUUGACACUGUGCGACUUUCCCGGCCCCGCACCCUUCCGCAAUCCUUCGGACCGCACCCAUCUCAAGGCCCGCCCCGUUACCCCACUUGGCAACCACAAUUCCGUCGGAGGCCCACAGCGCCCGAGGCAGACCGAGCUUUCGCCACCCUGGGCACCGCACGCGUCCGGCACGGACGGGGACGAUGACCACCACCGACCUCCGAGUUGCGGAGAAUCAGUGGAAUUUUUAUUCGCGGGAAUGCCGUCCGCCCCCUCGGACCAUAUUAGAAGGACGCACAAGGGGCGGCCCACGUGUCAACGGUGUCAGGGAGAGUUUGACAAUGUCGACCAGCUCGGCGUCCAUGCCCGCCAGACCCCCGCCUGCGAGCCCCAGAGCCUCGAACCCGGUUCUUGCCACGGGUACACACCUGAUCAGUGGGCCCGAUUGCGCAGACGGUCUGGGCGGCAGGACGGGACUUGCGCCAUGAGAUGGCGGGCCAUGUACCGGAUUCUCUUUGGCGAGACGUCCAACAUUCCUUCACCUUGCCCAAAGAUUAGCGCAAGGAUGCUGGAUCAAUUACCCGGGAGACUGGGCGAUAUCCUGGCCUUGUUCGACCCGAGAGAAACCACCAUCCGCCGCAUCCUUGAAAUCGUCCAGGCGAUUAUCCGACAAGACGAUGAAGUCGGGGUCAACGACGUCGAGCCCUUGGAUACCGUAAGCCCCGCAACUCCGUCUGAGAGCACGGAUGAUAUUCUCGGGCCAUCCCCGGCUCUCGAGGCCACAGCAGAGACAUCAGAAUCUGUGCUCGGCGUGGGAGGGCAGGAUGAGGCUCCAACGCAUAACUUGGAGAUUGGUGACGACGAAAUAGACUAUGAUGACCUAUUUUUAAACAUGUUCCAAUAG